AUGUUGGUAGCUGGGGUGAGGCUUAAUCUGGUUACCAGUACUGCUUUACUUCCUGCUAUCGGAUCCAUGGGUUCUGUUGCUGAAGGGAGAGAAAUUCAUGGGCUAAUCUUUAGAACAAAUAUGUAUAACAACGUCUUUGUUGCUAGUGCACUUAUCGACAUGUACUCUAAAUGUGGGUGUGUAAAACACGCAAGAGUCGUUUUUGACACCAUGCCAUCCAAGAACAUUGCUUCAUGGAAGGCCAUGAUUGGAUGCUAUGCGAAACAUGGGAUGGUUGAUUCAUCCGUUGAGCUUUUAGACAAAAUGCAAGAGGAAAACAUGCAGCCAAACCAAGUCACAUUGACGUGUGUAAGAACACACGGGCAUUAUGCUUGUGUCAUUGACGUUCUUUGUCGUUCUGGGGAAAUUGAAGUAUCAUACAAUUUAAUACACGAGUUGGGUGCAAAAGUUACUGAUUCGAAGGUCGGUGCCUUACUUAAACGGGUGUGUCGUUUACAAUAG